AUGGCGGAUCUGUCUAGUGAUGCACAAAGUAAACGGCCGACCCUGACGGCAAGCAGACGCCCUCCUGAUUUCCCCUUAGUGGCUGACUUUGAAAACAUAUUAUUGCAACGAAACAUCGAUGUUCAGAGACUGUUAUCCAGAGAAAUAAGUUUGCGAAACGAGCUUGGCCAACAAAAGGCUCAUAAACGUUUGGAAGAGGGUUUUUCACGUCAGACUUUAGGCACGAUGGACAGAGUUAAGGCCAUAUCGAUUUUUGCGUACCAGCCGGAUGUGAAACAGCAGCCGUGA